CCUAGAAGUUUCUUCCUUCCUGUAAUUUGGAUGAUCGUUGGUGUUUUGAUGUUCAGAGUGUUAGUACAUGACCCGAAAGCUAACAUUCAAUACAUUUCGGGAAAAAAGCUCCAGUCUCCUCGUACUUGGUGUCCUGACCGAUACCUCAGCAGUGUUUACUGAUAUAUAGUUAGAGCCAGAGUCUAGCAGUGUCAUUUCCUCUCCAACAUCUGGGACUGACACUUGACUUCCAACAUUGAAAGUGUAUUCACAAACUUGUAAAGCAACUUCUAAAGCUGCUGUUCAACACGACAGUUCAGAGGAAGAAAAAGACAGAUGUACAAACACUGAGCAGUGAAGAAGUUUGUGCAGAAGUUUGUGUCAGUGAAGAACGAUGGUGUCUGUUAAACAACUGCUUUAUGACACACUGGAUGAUCUGGAAGAAGAACAAUUGAAGAGAUUUAAGAGUUACUUAAGAGAAGAUGGACCUAUGCCAGUUUCUGUACUGGAGAAAGCAGAUGCAACUGACACAGUAGAUCAGAUGCUGCAUCGUUUUGGACCAGAAAGAGCUGUGAAGAUCACACUGGAUAUCCUGAAAAAGAUGAACCAGAACCAUCUUGCUGAACAGUUAGAGAAAAAACGCACUGCAGUCUGUUUAACAGAGGAUUGGACGCUGGAAAACUUCUUGAAAACUCACAAAGACAACAUGAAGACAGCUAAAUAUAUUUUUGAGGGCAACAAACAUAAAGACACAGAUCUUAAGGCUGUUUACACAGAACUGUUCAUCACAGAGGGAGAAUUGGAAAAUGUCAAUCAGGAACAUGAGAUUCUGAAGAUUGAUGAUGCUUUCAAAAAUAAAAAAACACAGGACAAACCAAUCAAAUGCAAUGAUAUAUUUACUGAACUGAGGAAAAACAGUGAGAAAAAGACUGUGCUAACCAAGGGAGUCGCUGGCAUUGGAAAAACUGUCUCUGUGCACAAAUUCAUCCUGGACUGGGCAGAAGGAAACACCAAUCAAGAUAUACACUGUGUGUUCCUGUUUCUAUUUAGAGAGAUCAACAUGAUUAAAGACAGAGAGCUCAGUCUCCAUGAGUUUCUGCUGAAAUUUUAUCCUGAAUUGAAAUACCUGGAGACAUCGAAGUUAUAUAAGAAAUAUAAGCUAGCAUUUAUAUUUGAUGGACUUGAUGAGAGUCGUCUGCCAUUGAACUUUAAAAGCACUUUAAAAACACUGAACACUGUUGAGGAGAGAGCAUCUGUAGAUGUGCUGUUUAUAAGUCUGGUCAAAGGGAAUCUACUUCCAUCAGCUCUUGUCUGGGUGACAUCACGACCAGCAGCAGCCAAUCAGAUCCAUCCUCAGUAUGUAGGUUUGUUCACAGAAAUACAAGGAUUCACUGACCAACAGAAGGAGGAGUACUUCAGAAAGAGAAUCAGAGAUGAAACUCAGGCCUCCAGAAUCAUCUCACACAUUAAGACGUCUCGUAGUCUCUACAUCAUGUGCCACAUUCCUGUGUUCUGCUGGAUCACGGCCACAGUACUUCAAAAUAUUCUUAUCAAGAACAGUGAAGAGAACAUUAGCACAACACUCACCGAAAUGUACAUUCACUUCCUGCGGAUACAGAUGAACAUGAAGAGUCAGAAGUAUGAUGAACAAGAAGAAAGAGAACAUUCAGAGCACUUGCAAUUAAAUAGAGAGAUGAUUUUGAAGUUAGCCAAGCUAGCAUUUGAACAGCUGAAGCAGGAAAACAUUGUGUUCUAUGAAGAAGAUCUGAAAGCAUGUGAUAUUGAUGUGAGUAAAGACGCUGAGUUCACAGGAAUGAUUGCUGAGAUCUUUAAGAUGGAAGAUGUACUUUAUAAGACAAAGGUCUUCUGCUUUGUGCAUCUGAGUGUUCAAGAGUUUCUUGCUGCAGUGCAUGUGUUCGUCUGCUACCUGAACAAGAAAAUGCGAGACAUUUGGUUUUUCUUUAAAGAUUCACAAACUACAGUCAGACAAAAGCUUCAGUUCUUCUUCAGAAAUGUCAGAUUUCAUGACUUAACAAAGAAGGCCACAGAUAAAGCAAUGCAGAGUACGAGAGGACAUCUGGACCUGUUCUUGCGGUUUCUCAUGGGAAUUUCACUGGAAUCCAGUCAAAAUCUGCUCAAAGGCCUGAUCACAGACACUAAAGACACCAGUGUGAGCAUCAGAAAGAUAAGUACACACAUUAAACAAUUACAAAAACAGGACAUCUCAGAUGAAACUUCAGUCAAUCUAUUUUACUGCUUACUUGAGCUCAAAGAUCAUUCAUUAUAUGAGGAAAUCCAGAGUUACCUCAGUUCAGAUAACCAUACAGGAAGAAACCUCUCAUCUUCAAUGUGCACAGUGCUGACCUACAUACUGCUUAUGUCAGAGAAGGUGCUGGAUGAGUUCAACCCAAAGAGGUUCACGUCAUCAUCUUCAAACUACAAAAGACUUAUUCCAGCUGUAAGAUGCUGCAGAAAAGCACUAUUUGAUGGCUGUGGUCUUAAUGAAACAUGCUGUGAAACUGUGUUUUCUGCUCUACAACAAUCAAACUCCCAUCUGACAGAGCUGGACCUGAGUAACAAUCACCUGCAAGAUUCAGGAGUGAAGAUGAUUUAUGAUGGACUGAAGAGUCCACACUGUCUACUAAACACACUGUGGCUGUGUGGAUGUAAUCUCACUGCUCAGUCAUGUGAAAGUUUGUCUUCAGCUCUACAAUCCUCAGAUUCCCAUCUAAAUGUGCUGGACCUGAGUAACAAUGACCUAAAGGAUUCUGGAGUGAAGCUGCUUUCAGAUGGACUGAAGAUGGACUCUAAGCUGAAGAUACUGAGGCUGUGUGGGUGUAAUCUCACUGCUCAGUCAUGUGAAAGUUUGUCUUCAGCUCUACAGUCCUCAAAGUCUGUCCUGAGAGAGCUGGACCUGAGUAACAAUGACCUGCAGGAUUCUGGAGUGAAGUGUCUUUCUGGUGAACUGAAGUUUCCAAACUGUAAGCUGGAGAUACUAAGACUGUCCAUGUGUAAUCUCACUGCUCAUUCUUGUGAGAGUUUGUCAUCAGUUUUGCAAUCAUCAAACUCCAUCCUGAGAGAGCUGGACCUGAGUAACAAUGACCUGCAGGAUUCUGGAGUAAAGUAUCUUUCUGAUGGACUGAUGUUUCCAAACUGUAAGCUGGAGAUACUGAGACUUUCCGUGUGUAAUCUCACUGCUCAGUCCUGUGAGAGUUUGUCAUCAGUUUUGCAAUCAUCAAACUGCAUCCUGAGAGAGCUGGACCUGAGUAACAAUGACCUGCAGGAUUCUGGAGUGAAGUAUCUUUCUGGUGGACUGAUGUUUCCAAACUGUAAGCUGGAGAUACUGAGACUUUUCACGUGUAAUCUCACUGUUCAGUCUUGUGAGAGUUUGUCAUCAGUUUUACAAUCCUCAAAUUCUGUCCUGAGAGAACUGGACCUGAGUAACAAUGACCUGCAGGAUUCUGGAGUGAAGCUUCUUUCUGAUGGACUCAAGUCUCCAAACUCUAAACUGGAGAUAAUGGGGUUGUCUGGCUGUAUGGUGACAGAGAAAGGCUGUCAUUAUGUGUCUUCAGCUCUGAGUUCAAACCCCUCACACCUGAGAGAGCUGGAUCUAAGCUACAAUCACCCAGGAGAUUCAGGAGUCAAGCUGCUUUCUGAAAAACUGAAGGAUCCAAACUGCAAACUCAGUGUGGAUCAUGGAGGAGAAUCCAGGAUUACAGCAGGACUGAAGAAAUAUGCCUGUUUUCUCACACUGGAUCCAAACACAGCAAACACUGAACUCAUUCUGUCUGAAGAGAACAGGAAGAUGACACAUGUGGACAAGAAACAGUCAUAUCCUGAUCAUCCAGACAGAUUUGAUGAGUAUGAUCAGGUGUUGUGCAGAGAGAGUGUGUGUGGACGCUGUUACUGGGAGAUUGAGUGGAGUGGAGAUCUUGUGUCUGUAUCAGUGUCAUAUAAGAGCAUCAGCAGGAAGGGACGGGGUGUUGAGUGUGUGUUUGGAUAUAAUGAUCAAUCCUGGAGUUUGAUCUGCUAUCACCCCAGAUACUCAUUCAGACACAAUAACAAAGAGACUGAUCUCCCUAUGAAGCCCAUCAGUCGUAGAGUAGGAGUGUCUGAUAUCUAUAGAGUAGGAGUGUAUGUGGAUGUGAGUGCAGGAACUCUGUCCUUCUACAAUGUCUCUGACACAAUGAGCCUCAUCCACACAGAACAGAUCACAUUCACUCAGACACUCUAUCCUGGGUUUAGUGCCAGUUAUGAAUCAUCAGUGAAACUGUGUUGAUUAAUGAGAAUAGACUGAUGAGAGAUUGAUACCCAUAAUGCUUUGAGCUGCUGAUGAAUCAGUAAGAGUGAGAUGUUCUGGAGUCUCUUCAUGACAUUAAUACUGCAGCUCAACUUCUGUCACUCAAAUAACAGUCAGAAUAAAUGUGUCAGAAAUCCACAUAUAGACAGUAAGAUCAGUGUGUGUGAGUCUAGAUUUGUGUUUUUAUUGUCGUGUCUCAUCAAUCAUUCAUGUUAUUAGUGUUAAAAAUGUCAAUGUCACAAUCUUGAAGAUCAUGUCAUUCAUUUCUCUUGUUUUUGUGAAAUAAUAAAACAAUAAAUCA